AAAUAACAUGGGCAUCUGUAAAUCCCAAGCAAUACCAGUAGGGAAAGAUGAAUUAGAAACGAGGAAUGUAGAAAAGAAGCCAAUUCAAGAAUAACAUAAAAUAGAAGAAAAAAAAAAUGAUGAAAAUGAAGCAGCAUUGAAAAUCCAAAGCACUAUUAGAGGAAAGAAAGCAAAAUAAGAGUUUGAAAAAUAAAAAGAGGAAUUACUAUUAGACAAACCUUAAGACUGGACAGAAUAUACCUAAGAGUUUAUUGAACCGAAAUUGCCGGCUUACUUUAAAGAUAAAGUUAAUUAUAUACCAACUAAUAAAAAUCGCUCCCUUCCUCCUUACUUAGAACCAGAUGGAACAAUUUACAAGGGAUAAUGGAAUAAAGGCGAAUUAAAUGGGUUUGGAUAAAUGUUAAAACCUGAUGGCACAUAUCUAAAAGGAUUGUGGAAAGGAAAUAUCUUCUCUGAAGGAGGGGUACUUUAUCCUAAUGGGGAAUUUUUUGUAAGUCUCAUAUAAUAUUAUUUGCUAGAUUGGUAACACACAAUACGGAGAGCGAUGCUUUACCAAUGGAAUAAUUUAUUAAGGCGAAGCAGACUAUGGAAUUCCUCAUGGGAAAGGGUAAGAAAUAUAUCCUGAUGGUACCAAGUCUAAUGUAUAAUAUAAUUGGGGUAAAAAGGUAUAAAAAGACAUAAAACAGAAUCUGCAAUGAC